AUGCCACGUUAUCACUACUCACGAAUGGCUCCAAAUACUUCCGAAGUAUUUCUAGCAGAAAAUCCUUCAAAUGGACAUUCAAGAAAACUCUCACCUCCGCCGUCAACAACAGUGAUGACGACGACGACGAGCAAUAACGCGACGAAUUUACCUGGAUCUUUUACGUCAACAUUCAUUCCGUUUGUAAGCAGUAAUCGAACUGGCACGCCCACAAUGCGCGAAUUCAUUCAGAUACCAGUCAAUCGAGAAGAUGGAGGAAUAACAGUUCAAACGAAUAAUCUCAUCCGGUCAGUCCCGAUUACGUACAUUACAGAAACAAAUCCAUUAUCAACUCUUGAAAAUACGACUAGCAUGAAGCCAACUUUCACUAAUUUGUUACGACCGAGCUCGAGAUAUUUUCAGCAUCAUUUCAAUAAUAAUAAUAAUAAUACGAAUUCAGACGAAUCAACUGCGAAUGUUUCACGUGUACCAUCAGCUACGCGUCGUUUAAGUCUUUCCGUACCAGUGGUAACAUCAUCAACAAACAAUACUGAGAAUGAUACGACACACACAAGAGCUCCUGCCUCCCCUGUGCGACAAGUUCCCGUACGUUUUCCACAAACGAGCGUUAUCGGGUCAACUCCAACAACGAACUCUCGUAUAUCAAGUGCGAUACUUCGCUCAUCACCUUUCUCACAUUCAAUCCAACGUCGACGAACAGAUCUCGGAGAUAUUUCCUUGAUCGCCGUCAACAACUCGUCAUCUCAGCCAUCCUCAGAUUUCAAUACGACAUCAACUUCGAAUACUUUGCCAAUACGUCGAGCGGAAGCCAUGGCCCGUGAAGCGAUACAAAACAUGACACAACAGCAACAACAACGAAAUAGUAUGUUACCGGAUUCGGUAAAUCGAACUUCGCCUCCUCCAUCUCGUCGUGUUAUUAUUAAUUUAAAAAAUAAUCAAUCGCUUCCACUUGAUAACCAUCAGCCAGCCGUGAUGAAACUACCGCCGCUUCCAUAUUCUCCACGUUCAACGCAACGUACCAAUGUUUAUCACAUACCUGUUCUGCACGAAUUACAGAUGCCUCCGCAUCCAUCAGCGAUUAUUACGGAACCUUCUAUUCAAUCUGCGACUGUACAAAACGGAAGUUAUAAGAAUGAACUUCGUAUGGAAAUUCCAGUUACCAUCAUGACUAGUAACGAUCAAGAGAAUGAAAUUCAAACAGGUUUUCUCCGAGAGGAAGGUUCAACUAAUAACAGCGAACGUUCUCGAUCGAAACACAAUCCAAAUCAAACAUUGAAAUCCAUUCUAAAACGUUCGUCCUCGCGAGAAACUGUUUCAAGAAAAAAUGUCAGCUUUAUGAAUGCUUGA